CGCACCCCGUCCCACAGCCGGCUCCAGCCGCUCCGCAAGCCCUUGUGCACCCGCCGCCGCCUGCAGCAGGAGGAGCAGAGGUGGGACGAGGAGGAGGAGGAAGGCAGCAGCCCGCCCGCAGCGGGGCACGCACGUGUGCGCGCAGACCUCGACGGCCGCCCUCCAGCAUGCUGCUCGGAGCCGCGCAGGGCAGAGCGCCGGAGAGGAGCUGAUCGCUGCCGCGGGAGAAGAGCAGAGGGGAGCAAGAGCGGCUCCGCGGAAUCAUCCGUGCUCCCCUCCCGUCCGACCCCCACGCACUCCGCCGAGGGAGCGGCGGUCCCGCAGCAUGGGCGGCCGCAGCCCCCUCGCUGCCGCCGGGCCCCGCGGCGCCGCUGUCCUGGUGCUGCUGCUGUGGCGCCUCGCUCUCUGCCUCGCCGUGGAGGGAAAGAAAGUUUGUCAAGGAACAAAUAACAAGCUGACCCAGCUGGGACAUGUGGAAGACCAUUUCACCAGCCUGCAGAGGAUGUACAACAAUUGUGAGGUGGUACUCAGCAACCUGGAGAUUACAUAUGUGGAGCACAAUCGUGACCUCUCUUUCCUGAAGACAAUACAGGAGGUUGCAGGCUAUGUGCUCAUCGCCCUUAACAUGGUGGAUGUCAUUCCCCUCGAAAACCUUCAGAUCAUCCGAGGCAAUGUGCUGUAUGACAACUCUUACGCCCUGGCUGUUUUAUCCAACUACCACAUGAAUAAAACACAGGGACUCCGACAGUUGCCAAUGAAGCGGCUUUCAGAAAUUCUCAAUGGAGGUGUUAAAAUCAGCAACAACCCCAAACUGUGCAACAUGGAUACUGUUCUUUGGAAUGACAUCAUUGACACAAGCAAGAAACCUCCCACAGUGCUUGAAUUUGCAAGCAACCUGUCUUCUUGUCCCAAAUGCCAUCAGAACUGCACAGAAGACCACUGCUGGGGUCCUGGUGAACAAAACUGCCAGACAUUAACAAAAGUCAUCUGUGCUCAGCAGUGCUCCGGUCGGUGCAGGGGAAAGGUGCCCAGCGACUGCUGCCACAACCAGUGUGCCGCAGGGUGCACGGGGCCUCGGGAGAGUGACUGCCUGGCAUGUCGCAAGUUUCGGGAUGAUGCUACAUGCAAGGAUACAUGUCCCCCAUUGGUCUUGUAUAACCCCACCACUUACCAGAUGGAUGUGAACCCUGAAGGAAAAUACAGCUUUGGAGCCACUUGUGUGAAGGAAUGUCCACACAACUACGUGGUAACAGACCACGGCUCCUGUGUUCGCUCGUGCAACGCUGAUACUUACGAAGUGGAAGAAAAUGGUGUUCGGAAGUGUAAAAAGUGUGAUGGGCUAUGCAGCAAAGUGUGCAAUGGCAUUGGAAUAGGUGAACUUAAAGGGAUCCUCUCCAUAAAUGCCACAAAUAUCGACUCCUUCAAAAACUGCACCAAGAUCAAUGGGGAUGUCAGCAUUCUCCCAGUUGCAUUUCUAGGUGAUGCCUUCACGAAGACGCUACCUUUGGAUCCCAAGAAAUUGGAUGUCUUCAAAACAGUUAAAGAAAUAUCAGGAUUUUUGUUAAUUCAAGCCUGGCCUGAGAAUGCUACUGAUCUCUAUGCUUUCGAAAAUCUGGAGAUUAUACGAGGCAGAACAAAGCAGCAUGGCCAGUAUUCCCUUGCCGUUGUUAAUUUGAAAAUACAGUCCCUAGGGCUGCGCUCCCUCAAGGAAAUAAGUGAUGGAGAUGUUGCCAUUAUGAAGAACAAGAACCUCUGCUAUGCUGACACCAUGGACUGGCACAGCCUGUUUGCAACUGAGAGCCAGAAAACGAAGAUUUUACAGAAUAGAGAUAAAAAUGAGUGUGCUGCUGCCAAGCAUGUUUGUGACCCCCUGUGCUCAGACAUAGGCUGCUGGGGCCCAGGGCCCUUCCACUGCUUCUCCUGCAGGUUUUUUGAUCGUCAGAAGGAAUGUGUUAAACAGUGCAACAUCCUGCAAGGGGAGCCAAGAGAGUUUGAAAAGAACUCCAAGUGCCUCCCAUGCCACCCUGAGUGCCUGGUGCAAAACUCCACCAUGUACAAUGCAACCUGCACUGGACCUGGCCCUGACAAUUGCAUGAAGUGUGCCCAUUUCAUAGAUGGCCCUCACUGUGUGAAAUCAUGCCCAGCAGGGGUUUUGGGUGAGAAUGACACCCUCGUCUGGAAAUAUGCUGAUGGGAAUAAUGUUUGCCAGCUCUGCCAUCCAAACUGCACCCGGGGGUGCAAAGGACCAGGUCUUGAAGGCUGUCCAAAUGGCUCCAAGAUCCCCUCUAUCGCCGCUGGUGUUGUCGGAGGGCUCCUGUGCCUGGUGGUGGUGGGCCUGGGCAUCGGCCUGUACCUGCGGAGACGCCACAUCGUCAGGAAGCGCACCCUGCGCCGGCUGCUGCAGGAGAGGGAGCUUGUUGAACCACUGACACCCAGUGGGGAGGCACCAAACCAGGCUCAUCUGAGAAUUCUAAAGGAAACAGAAUUUAAAAAGGUCAAAGUUUUAGGCUCUGGAGCUUUUGGCACUGUUUAUAAGGGACUAUGGAUCCCAGAAGGAGAGAAGGUUAAAAUUCCUGUUGCUAUUAAAGAGUUGAGAGAGGCUACAUCACCAAAAGCCAACAAGGAAAUACUUGAUGAAGCUUAUGUGAUGGCUAGUGUUGACAAUCCUCAUGUGUGCCGCUUGUUGGGCAUCUGCCUCACUUCAACUGUUCAGCUCAUCACACAGCUGAUGCCUUACGGCUGCCUCCUGGAUUACAUCCGAGAGCACAAGGACAACAUCGGCUCUCAGUACCUCCUCAACUGGUGUGUGCAGAUUGCAAAGGGAAUGAACUAUCUGGAGGAACGGCGCCUGGUGCACCGUGACCUUGCUGCCAGGAACGUCCUUGUUAAGACUCCUCAACAUGUGAAAAUCACGGACUUCGGGCUGGCAAAGCUGCUCGGUGCAGAUGAGAAGGAAUAUCAUGCUGAGGGAGGCAAGGUUCCUAUUAAAUGGAUGGCAUUGGAGUCAAUUUUACACCGAAUUUACACUCAUCAAAGUGAUGUCUGGAGUUAUGGUGUGACAGUUUGGGAGCUGAUGACAUUUGGUUCCAAGCCGUAUGAAGGGAUCCCUGCCAGUGAGAUCUCCUCUGUCCUGGAGAAGGGCGAGCGUUUGCCACAGCCCCCCAUCUGUACCAUCGACGUGUACAUGAUCAUGGUCAAAUGCUGGAUGAUCGAUGCCGACAGCCGUCCCAAGUUUCGUGAGCUGAUAGCUGAAUUCUCAAAAAUGGCCCGUGACCCUCCACGCUAUCUUGUUAUACAGAUCUCUGAAUGGGCCAUUUACAUAAACAUUGGACUUACGCCAGCUUUCUGCUGGUUGGCAAACAAAAUUCUUGAAGGUGAACCUCAGGGUAGCAUGUUGGGUGCCCCAGAGUGGCAGUCCCUGCCUUUGGCUCUUUUCCACUCUGGGAAAUUCUGAGACAUGCCAUGUGCAAAAACCAAGUGGCAGCUGGGUUGAAAUUAAAUGCCAAGUGACACAAAUGUCAGCAUUAAUUUUAUAUCUUCCUUUUCGUUCCUUCUCAUUUUAAUUUUUGUUUUUAUUCUAGAGUAUGUAAACCAACUGGUGCCCAAGAAAGCAUCUGCCUCAGCAGUCCAGAAUCCAAUCUACAACAACUUCUCUCUCACAGCAAACUCAAAGGUCCCCACAGACUCCAGCUACCAGAAUUCACACAGCACAGCUGUGGACAACCCUGAGUAUCUCAACACCAACCAGUCUCCCCUGACCAAGACAGUCUUUGAGAGCUCUCCCUACUGGAUCCAGGCAGGCAACCACCAAAUAAACCUGGACAAUCCUGACUACCAGCAGGACUUCUUACCGAAGGAAACCAAAUCUAAUGGUCUCUUGAAAGUUCCUGCAGCAGAAAACCCAGAGUACUUGAGGGUAGCAGCACCAAAAAGUGAAUACAUUGAAGCCUCAGCAUGACCAUAGAGAAAUUUCUUCUUGCAGCAAGGCAAGCUGAAUAAGUGAACUGUUGACUGCUGCAAGAGUGGACUCUGGCUCAGAGCAAAUGGCAACCACAAUGCAUCAAAAAGCACCUCUACUUUUCAGCAUGGGGCUUUGAAACUGCAAAGCCUGUCUGAUGGUAGUUUGGGUCUUUCCUUGCCCAUUUCCAUGUAAUAACUGAGGCCCAUAGCUUGCACUCAGAUGCAUGUUGGGAUGGAGCAGGAUCUUCCUAGACUGAAGAAAUAUGGAUGCAUUCCUUUCAUUUUCAAAUGGUAGCAUGGUAAAAAGCCACUCUGGGAUGAACUCGAGAACUGUACACAUUGUACAGUCCAAUUUCUUUCUACAUUCUGUAUUUUUAUAAAUGUUUCUAACAGAAGUUUUGGAUCUUUUACAAGAUCAGAUGCUUGUACUGCUCAUCUGCUAAGUGUUGCUCAGAUCACCAGCAGGGAAAAGAAUUAUGUUCCAAACCUCCUGGAACUGAAACUGUUAUUCCAAGCCACUAGAUUUUUACAAAUUGGCUCCAUAUACUGCCUUUUGGCCCAAAGGUGAGAAGUGCAUCUGAGGGACGUAUGGGCAAUUCUGCCCAGGGCAGUAUGGAGUGGAUUGGUCUGGGGAAAACUAGCACAAGCAGCAAAAUGGCACAAUGCAUCACCUGCUGACCACUACUGCUACAAACUGACAAGAGGAACACGCCUCCAAGUCACCUGUACAUGAUUAUAAAGUUGCUCACUAGUCUGUUUUCUGAUGGUCAAACCCAAAACUUUUUUUUGUUCUGAUCCCUUAUGGAGCUGUCAAGUUGUCAAAAUGCCUUUCUUCUUCAACAAAACUGUUAAAGAUGUUGCCGUAACUGAAAAAUGAAGUGUCAUAUAAUGUUUAAUAGACUUCAAUUAAAUGUCAAGGAAAUGCAAAUAGUGGCAAAUUGGAGCACUCACAAGACAGACUGGAAGAACUACAUUAAAUUAAACUUGACUAAGGCAAGAAACACAGGUAGUUCUGGCCGUGCAGCUUUAUUUCCGAUUUUAAAGGGACUCAAAGCAGAAAUAAUUUUCCCUUAUGCAUUUGGCAAAGAAAAGGGGUACUAUCUAAGCAGUACAUUUCACUCAUUUCAAGGCAAAAUACUACCAAUUGUUGUCCCAUGCUGGGGCAGAGGCUGGGGCUGGUUACAUGUCCCUUUGAGGUUACUAUUCUGGCAAUGCAGGAGGAGCAGUGAGAAUGAAUUAAGGAAAGAAGGAAUAAUCUAGAGUGAUGGAAAAUAUUAUCUCCCUCUUCUGAAGCACAGGGUUACCUACUGCUUUUUUGAAAUAAGCAACAUCAUCUUCUGGUUAUUAGUGUGGUAUAGGCAGGCAAGGCAAUGCUAAGAUUUUGGCUUGACAGUAUAAAUCAGUCACAAGCAGGAAAAGCAGCUACUCCUUCCAGUGACCCAUAAAAUUAUUCCAUCACUAACAUUUCUUUUGAAUGUAGGAGGAAUAAAGUGCCUAAAGUGUGAAUUUACUCAGUCCUUUAGAUGCAUCCCACCAGCAGCUUUGCAGCUAUUUUAAUCAAACCACUAGAUCAGAAAGCAAAUUCUCAUUUGGGGACAAAGGCCCUUAACUAGUUGAAUGUUGGCAUCUUGCUUGAGGGUAGCAUAAGCAGCUGACUUGGAGAGGAUCUGUAGUCUAUAUUAAGUAGCAAGAAACAGUCAAAUUUAAGCUGCUGCUGUGUUUAGAAUACAUCAUUAUGUUUUUCAGUUUAGGUAUUGCAUCUAAAGUCCAGGAUCAAGCAGCAAAUCCUUAGAGCACUGUUUUUACAGAUUUACUGAGGAAAGGAAACCUUCAGUCAUGUGAAAUGAGCCCUUUUUUAAGUAACAUGCAUUAGCAGUUAUGUGUACAGCUCAUGGGUCCCACUACAGUACAGUGUGAAGUGGCAUGUUGGGUCAGAAUCCAGAGAUUGUCCUGUUUGGUAGAUGUGUCUCACCAUGACCAAGUCCCAGACACGGCAGUGUGGAAGAUGCAAUGUUUGACUUGGAUUAUCAGUGGCUUUUAUUUAAAACAGUAACCAAAAUUCAGUUCCCAUGUCCAAUUAGCAGCAGAUUUCUCCUUGCAUUCCUGGGAGCAGAUAUGUUGUGUUGCUCUCACAAGUGUGCAACAUGUGCACACAGGCAGUGCUGCUUUCCCCCACCCACUGCCCUGGCAGAAAUGUACAUAAAACUAAAAAAGGAUCUUAACAGAAUUCACAGAUAAUUUUUCGUUUGCUGAAGAAGUUAUGCCUCCAAUCAGAACACUAGAAAAUCACAUAGUGCGUAUUCUCCCACAGAAUCUUUCAAACACUACUGCACAAAGGAAUUUACUGAUUUUAAUCUGUUUAAUCUGUUAGCUAAAACAAGAAAGCCACUGAGAAAUAGCAUUAUGUAUCACCAGCAUUAUGUAGCAUGAAUAGAGGUUAAUGCUUGCCCUUUUAAAACAAUUCAAGAGGGACUCAGUAGCAACCCAUUGCUAGAAACAAGGAGAUUCAUCUAAAAAUUAAGCAAUCUAAGUUUGAAAGAACAUCUCUCUUUGAAUGUGACAUUUUUGAUGAAAAAAGUAGGAAAGAGGAUGUAGGACCAGAAACUCUUGAUACAAAUGUAGAUUCCAGAUUGGCGGGAUCAACCAUAUAUUGUGAAGUAUUUCUGGUACAUGGCAUCUUGUAAGCCAUGAUUUGUAAGUUGGCAGUAAUGAUUCAAAAGCCAGCAAAAAAUAAAAACUUGGUAGUGCCUGCAGGGGCAGAUACAGUGGCACUGGGAGCAGAUGGGACUGUGCAGCAAAUGGCUGUGGCUGGAAGCACAGGUGCUAUGCAGGGUGAUGCUCACAGGUAACAGAUAAUAGCAAUAUACCGAAUCAUUUCCAGCGUGAUUUAAAAAAACAAAAACAACAAACAAAACACAAGCAACAGAAAUGCCCUGGUUUUCCCAUUGCAGUUCACUGAACAUUAAACAGCAAGGAGACCCCAGCAGAUUGUGUGUGCUCAUACAGGAGACCAUGGUUAAGCAGCAUAAAUCAACAUCCAGAAAUAACUUGAAAGGUCAGCUGGAGGUGUGGGUAGAAAAGGCUGAUUUUAAAGACACAGCUAAAUAGGGAAAUAUAGCAUUCCAAAGCCUCUUCUGAAAGCCAACAGUCUUGCCACUUGAGAAAGAUAAAAUUUCCCUUUUUACUGUAUUUCUCAUGGAAGACCAAAUAGAACACUCACAAGUUAGUCCUUAGCAUUAUCAUAAAGCUGUAGUUAUUACAGAACUCCUUUUGCAAUAAUUUACUACUUUUAAUAACUUCUAAGUGUAUGAAAAUGUAAUUUAAGAGUCUUCAUCUUACUUUGAUCUUUUCCAGUGACUGUGUGCAGUGUCAGCGCACUUUAUUUCAUCAUGGGCCUUGGGUUGUUUUCUUCUGCUGCAAAGGGAGUUGAUCUGGGAAAUUUUCUUCCUCUUGCAAUUGAUUUUGUUGAGUAAAUUCUUCCAGAGGCCAGGGGCUUGCUAUUGUUCCCAGCUGACUGUGAACACUGAAGUAAGCUUUUUUAGAGAGCAGUUGGAAACAGAUGGUGGUUUCUGGAAUGCCUCAGGGUGAUGCCCCAUCCCACCAACUUCACCAUGACUUGAAGCCUGCCCUAGCAUUAGGGAAUGUGGUCCUGAAGUUUGUUUGAGAGGAAGGGACUUGUAUAGGGAGAGUAAUGCCAGGGAAGGGCUGCAGCUGACCAGUCCAUACCUGAGACAGCUGCUGAGUUUGCACAGGGACAUCACUGAGGCCAUUGACUGUUCCUGCAGGUACACUGCUCCUGUCCUGAACCCAGCUUGAUGUGAAGUGGGUUGCAGAGAUUGCUUGUGUGAAAACUAAUAUAUGUGGCAUUUGUACUACAGGGGGUAUCUCUUCUCUUCCCUGGGGGCGUAGUUAGGGUUACAACAAUGUCACAGGACCCCAAACAGCUUGAAGAAAUCCCAUCACAAGGUGCCUGGGGUGUUCUUGGUCUGUCUGUGGAUGCUCCAGUGUGUCAAAAACAAACUUUGCAUUUCCAGACAAGGGCUCAUUUUUCACAUUCAGGGUUCAACAUUUUCUGUUAGUAUGACUACUGCCUGUCAAAUGGGCAGUUAUGGUACUCUGGCCAUUGUUUCCCCCAAAGUUUCUCUAUGAGAAAACACUUGAAUCAGGACAAAGUAUGAAAAUUUAACUGUGUCCUCCUUCUUGGUGGAAACUGUAUACUCAUGAAAUGUCAGACUCUUUGUACAACACUUAGCAAUAGUGCUUUGUAAUGUUUUAUCACCACUGGUUCAAAUUUUUAUAUUGGGAUCUCAUUUUCUAGCUUUCUUCUUAAAAAUGUUCCUUCUUUGUUCUGACAUACAACUUUCAAGAAGCCUUUUUGAAUAAUAAAAAAAAAAAAAAGAAAAAAAAAGAAAAAAAUGUUUAUGCAAAAGAAAAACUUGACACCUUCAAGUAGCUUGUCAAAUGGGCUGCAUUAGGACCAAAGAUGUAACGUCUUGUUUUCUUGCUUUAAAGGAAUAAGGUAUUGAUCACCACUUCCACAGCCUUUUUUUAUAGAGAAAAGCUACAGAGCUCCACCCUUCAUUGGGGCAGGGUCAGACCUCCACUGAGCAAAGAGAGUUUGGCAGGAGGGUGAGGGCUGUCCAUAGAAAACCAAACUGAAUAUCAGGACCAUGUAUCACUUCAGGGCCAAACCUACAACCUCUACUCUGUAUUGCACUUAAUGCAAUAUCUAAACAGAGAUAUAGUCAAGAAAAAAAGAAGCAAAAGAAGCCAAGAAAAAAGAAGCAAAUGAUAUUUUGGCUCAGUAUCUGGAAAAAAUACGAUGAUGUGAAGAUGAGGCAUGAUAAAAUAACUUCUUUGUGUGAGGAAAUGUGUAGGCAGGCAGUGAGACUUUAAAACAGUAACACUUUUGGUUAUGUAUUACUUUAAUUAUGUAGGGGAGUUGAAAUCACAGAGCUUCCAUGAUAUGCUUUGCUUUCUGCCAUGUUUCCUGCCUGCUUUUGAUGUGUGGUGUUAGGCAGAGCACCACCCUAUCACCACGGCUUGUGUGGACUGAGAAUUGUGGGUUCGUGCAGUCCUUUUUAUGCAGGGAGAGAAAAGUGCAGCCAUAGUUGGCUGUACUACAGUUAGUGGUCAAGCUAAGCACUCAACAGCAUCCAAAAAUGUGUUUCCCAAGGGAAAAAAAGUGGUAACUGAAGACCUACCUGGCAAAAGACACAGGACUUGUUGCACUGAUGAAAUCAGCAGUCAAAAUGCUGAACACCUUCAGCCAAGAUUUGGGGCUGGUGUUCCAUCAACUUUGCUGUCAUCUAACAUGGUGCAGAGGGGUUGUCUGGAUGCAGCAGCACAGGUCCUAUGGUCUCUUUCUAUCUCUCACUUUGAAGUAAUGGAUUUUUCUGAUUAAUAAGGUGAAAACCAGAAACCAAAAGAAAGAAAACCAGAAAUCAAAAAUGCCUCUAACAACUGGACUGGUAGAAGGUGUUGUUCCUACAUAGCCAAUACAGUACAUAAUUUCCAGUCAGGCUGGAAUUUAUCCAAAUUCUUCUCCUUACCUCCCAUAAGCUAGCUGGAGAGUGUGCAUUUGCAACCACCAUCAAUGUUAUCCUCAUAUUUUAUUAAAGGGAAUAAUAAAAGUAGUUGUAUACAAUGGUAGGAGGCUUGGCUCAUAUACCUACAUUCCCUUUUUAAUCCUACAUUCCUAAUAGUGUUCUCCUUGAAAUUAAUGGGAUGUUUAAAAUGAUUACAGUGAGAGUAUAAAACAAGGCUAGUGUUGAGUGAUUUUUGAAAAUCCCUCACAAUAAUCAGAGAUCCUAUGGAUCCAUUGCCCAUUUUAGGCUGCUUUGUAUUGAUGCAAUCAACCGAAUAUAAGGUAUGAUGACUUGGUUUUAAUAAACUGUCAAGCAAUAUAUCCACAGAUACAGAUGGUACCUUCAGAGCAUUGUAAAGUUACUCAACUAUGAAAGCACUAUUUGUAAAAUAAGAAACUCUUGACUUUUAUAUGGUUUAAUGGUUUAUACUGUUGAUCAAAGAUUGUUUGUAUAUGAGCGAUGAAAAAAUGAGGUGUAUAUUAUUCUUUUUAAUUGUUUUUAAUUUUUGGAGGACUUUUAUUGUAAUAUACUGUUGUAUUGGGGGGGAACAAAAAGCAGUGGCUAGCUUGUAGCUUGUAGCCAGAGGAGAACUCACAGUAAGGGUUCUUUAUUGAUGGACUUAUAUUUUUUUUUUUUUUUCUGGUAAAAUUUGUCACCUUGGGGAUUUAUCCAGAGCUUAGUGAAGCUAGUAACAGCACUCUUUCCUCUCUUCAACAGCACUCUUUUCUCUGCAUGCACAGUGCUGGAGUUUCAUAAUGUGAGCAAUAAUACAGGCAACCCUUGUGACCAAUGGAAGUGCAAUAUGAAAGCCCAGGUGCUGCUUAUCAGGGCCUAAAAAAUGCUGCUCUUUUAUGUGUCAGGUUCCCACUUCACUUCCAUGACAAGAGCAGAAGCAGAGUGAAAGCAAUCCCUCAAAAGCUGAUCUGUGUGGCAUAUGAAGCCAUAGUGUUGGCCAUUUCCAAAGUACAUAGCUAAGGCAAAAUAAAGUCUCAACCAGAGUCACACUGAUGACUUGAAUUGUUGUACUAUACUAGGCAGGAAGAGAAAUUCUGUUAGCAAAGGCAGCCAAAUGAAGCCCCAGUGUACCCUGAGUAUGGGUGUUUAAUAUCCCACUGGUGGAACAUGUGACUUACAAAGAUUAAAGUAAUUGCAGGGUCUUCAGCACAACAGAGCAAAAUACACUGCAUUGGCAAGACAGCAAAGAGGAGAGGAGCUGGAAUUGUCAGUAUGCAUUCAGCCUGGAUAGGUCCCUGGUAUCACAAUUAGUAAGUGAAAUAAUUUUUGUCUUUAUAGAUUAAUUUUGUACACAGGGAAAAAAAAAAAAAAAGCCACAAUAGCACCUUUCUCCUUUUCCUCUUUCCAUCCAGACCCUUCCAGUACAUAGGCUGCAUGUUUUACCAGCUCAACCUAUUUUAUGCAGAAAUUAUGUAGUCUUAAUCUUCAUAUUACUGGUUCUCAGAAAUGUCUAAUGCGUAUUAAUGCAUGAUAUUUUUAUUUUAAUAAAAGUAAUU